UAUCACGUCUUUUUUCUCAAAAAUUCCUUAUUUAUGUUCAGAUGUCAAGUUUUUGAAAUGGUCAGCGAUGAAACAAAAAAUUUUCUAAUCGAUCAAAGAUCAGCAAGACAAUUUCAUUUGAAUUAUUUGGCCAAUCAACAAGGAAAUUCAACUAAGUUAUCUGAAAAACGACUUGACGAUCGCCCUAUUGAAGUAUUAAAUCCUAAUAAUCCGCUUGUUGUUAAUGAUAAUCAGCCCACCGAAGUGUUAGCUUCUGACAACAUCGAAACAGGAUCUUUUGAUAUUCAGCACCAGUUGAAUGAUGCUGAAUUACUAAGGGAAAAUUCAGCUAACUAUUUACCGUCGAGUUUGACAAGCACAAGUGGAACAAUGUCUAGUGGAGAAGCUCUAACUUUUUCGUCACCACCAAGUCAACAGUCAGAAUUUGAUCCAGGUGGAAGAUAUUAUAAUAAAAAGAAUGAAAGAGGAACUGUUAACAUUAUGACAGAGAACGUGGUUGCUACACUGGAUAAUUGUAAAGUCUCUUAUAGAAAUUCCGUCCGCAUAAUAUCUGCGAUCUCUGAAGCUCUAGAGGUUGAUACUAAGGCCUUAAUUUUGAACAAAACGUCUUAUAACGAACAGCGAAAAAAAAUUCGUGAACAAAAAGCUUUAAAACUCCAAAAAUUAUUUGGUGACGUCCAGUUUACUGCAGCUGUUCUUCAUUGGGAUGGUAAGCUUAUACCAGAUACGGUUUCAUGUAAACAAGUUGAUCGGGUCCCUAUAUUAAUUAGUAAUAAUGGGGUGGAAAAACUUUUGAAUGUACCUGCUUUACCUGACGGAAAAGGAAAAACUCAAGCUGAAGAAAUUUAUAGUGUUCUUAAUAAUUUAAGCUUAACAGAAUCAAUAAAAGCACUCUGUUGUGAUACAACCGCUUCUAAUUUAGGUUGCAAUAAUGGAGCCGCAGUAUUAUUAGAACAAAUGCUAGAAACGGAUUUAUUAUGGCUACCGUGCCGACACCACAUAUAUGAGCUAACUCUGACCAGUAUUUUCACUGCAAAACUACCAGGUACUACAGGACCAAACGUUCCUUUGUUUAAAAAGUUUCAGAGCUGCUGGAGUACAAUUGAUAAAAAUAAAUUUAAAGAUGGAUUAGAAGGAAAUAGAAUUCACAAAAAAUUGAUCAAUCAAGUUGAUGAAAUUGAUCUAGUCAUCAAAAACUUAUUAGCAACUGUUUUACCCCGCGAUGAUUACAAAGAGCUUCUUGAACUGUCCAGAAUAUUUCUUGGUACCGUCGACCAUCAAAAUGUUAAUCUUUAUAAGCCUGGAGCUUUCCAUCACGCUCGUUGGAUGUCGAAAGCCAUUUACUCAUUAAAAAUUUACAUUUUUCGAGAUGUUUUUAUUCUUUCAGAAGAGGAAGAAAAAAGUUUAUUGGACGUUUGUUUAUUUGUCGUGUUUAUAUAUGUGAGAUUUUGGUAUACGGCACCUCUUGCUAUAGCUGCUCCAAACCAAGAUUUACAAUUUUUGAAAGCAGUCUAUGCCUAUAAAACAAUUGAUAAAUGUUUAUCCGAAGCUGUCUUGAAAAAAAUUAAAAAUCAUUUAUGGUACUUGAGCCCAGAAGUGGUGGCACUCUCGUUUUUUGAUAAAAAUAUAUCAGAUCACAUCAAACGCAAAAUGGUCAAAGCUUUGUCUUUAGAUACGGCUUAUGAAUUUGGUUGCCCCAAAAAGUAUUUUAUAAACAAUGAUAAUGAUUUAAAAAAUUUACAAACAAAGGAAAUUGAUUAUUUUGUAAAUUGUAAUACUUUAGACUUUUUUAAGAGGUUUAAUAUUAAUACGAGCUUUUUCGAAUUGGAAGUUCAGACGUGGUAUGGAAAUGAUGAUUAUUUGAAAGGAUUAGAGAUUGCUAAGAAUAUUAAAGUUGUUAAUGAUGUAGCAGAGAGAGCUGUACAAUUGACUCAAGAAUACAUUAAUGUAUUAGCUAAAGAUGAGAAUCAAAAACAGUAUCUUCUCCAAGUAAUAAAAGAGUAUAAAAAUGAAUUUCCAAAUGCUACUAAGGAAUGCCUGACGAAAAAGUUAAAAGUACAAUGAUUUACCUAUGUAUUAAGAUAUUGAAAUUUGUAUUUUUAUAGCUUAUUUGAUGAUUGAGAAUUUGAAAUAAAAGAAA